GGUUAUACGAAGACUGCACCAUUGCUCACUCUGGAUGACUUGGCACCUUCUCAUUGGUGCUAGUGACCACUAAUGAAAUGAAACAUUGAAAACCGAACACUUUCUUGCAAAUCUCCAAUGUCCCUCGCAUCCUGAAAGGGAAGAAAAACAACACGACCAACGGCAUCAAUGGCUCCGCGAAAGAGAAUCUCCAAAACAGAACCUUCGUCACCCGAACACCCUUCUUCUUCAUCAAAGGGAAACAACAACGUCACCACCACCGUUGCCGCCGCCCCAAUCCCCACACACCGCAAGCCACCACUGCAAACCAAUGACCCUCCAAUUGCGCCUCCAAAAUGGGGUCUCAUUCUGAAACUCUCUCUGUUUUCUAUCCCUUACGCGUAUCUUCUCUUCUACCAUUACAAAAUCGAGGCCGAGCUUCAAAGAUCCGUGAUCAUCAACGCUGGGAUGAGCGUCGCGGGGUUCCUUGUGACCGUUAAAUUGAUCCCUGUCGCUUCCAAAUACGUUUUGAAGAGGAAUCUAUUUGGUUUUGAUAUUAAUAAGAAGGGUACCCCUCAGGGCAAUGUCAAAGUGCCUGAGUCAUUGGGUAUAGUUGUUGCUAUUGUCUACUUAGUUGUGGCAAUCUUAUUUCAGUAUUUUAACUUCACAGCAGAUUCAAUCUGGCUUGUUGAGUACAAUGCAGCAUUGGCUUGCAUUUGUUUCAUGACAUUGCUUGGAUUUGUUGACGAUGUCCUUGAUGUCCCAUGGAGAGUAAAAUUAGUACUCCCGUCUAUUGCUGCGCUGCCUUUGUUAAUGGCAUACGCUGGACACACAACAAUAGUUAUACCAAAGCCACUUGUCCCACAUGUUGAGAUGGAGGUUUUGGAUCUUGGAUGGAUAUAUAAACUGUAUAUGGGAUUGUUGGCUGUUUUCUGCACAAAUUCCAUCAAUAUUCAUGCCGGAUUAAAUGGCCUUGAAGUUGGGCAGACAGUGGUUAUUGCAACAGCUAUUGUGGUACACAAUAUAAUGCAAAUUGGAGCAUCAUCAGAUCCUGAAUAUAAGCAAGCACAUGCAUUCUCUAUAUACCUUGCUCAGCCCCUGCUAGCUACAUCUCUGGGUUUACUCUCUUAUAAUUGGUAUCCUUCUUCAGUUUUUGUUGGUGACACAUUCACUUACUUCGCUGGAAUGACAAUGGCUGUGGUCGGUAUUUUAGGCCAUUUUAGUGAAACGCUUUUGAUUUUCUUCCUGCCUCAAGUUUUGAACUUUCUCAUGUCACUUCCCCAGCUUUUCGGGUUUAUUCCAUGUCCACGCCAUAGACUGCCAAGGUUUGACCCUCAAACUGGACUAUUGACUGGGACAAAGGAUGGGACACUCGUUAACUUCUUCCUAAGAAAUCUUGGCAGGAAGUCCGAAAAGGCACUUUGCAUUUAUCUUCUUGGGUUCCAGGCUAUUGCAUGCUGCUUCUGUUUCUUGCUGAGGUACUUCCUUGCUGGUUGGUACAAAUGAAAAAAAGCAACUGGCAUAUAGAAGGCAG